AUGAAUGUCACUCAGGUCAUUUGUUCUCUGCUAUUUUUAUCUGGAUCUAUUUUUGAGAGCUGUGAAUGAACUGAGAGGGAAGCUGCUUCGCCGUGUGUCUCUUCACUCACGGUCGUCAACUCCUGGAAACGCUUCAAACUCUGGUUUCACUUUCAUGGAGCAUAUUGUCUUGAGGUUCACUGUCGGAGAAUUGCCAUGUCAGCGCAGGGAAGUGAAUCUGAGGACGGCAGCAGCUGUGACGGUGCAGACGAAAUAAGUCUGCCAUGUUCCUCAGACAAAUUAACUGUUGUUGUAGGAGGCACUCACUUCUCAGAGGAAAAGGUGUUUCUUGUUCAGAGUUGCGAUUAUUUCCGAGCUAUGUAUCGCUCUGGGAUGAAGGAGUGUUGGCAGGAAGAAAUCCACCUGAAGUCUCUGCAGGCUCGAGGUUUCCUCAUCGCUUUGGCGGUGUUACGAGGUGACAUGAUCGACCUGGACGGGGACGAGAUCGUCGAAGCCAUCGAAUGUGCUGCGUUCCUGCAGGUGGCGCCGCUCACCAAGCACCUCAUCAACCUCAUCGACUCUGACAACUGUUUGCUCAUGUACCACACUGCUGCCACCUUCGGCCUCAUGGACCUUUACCGUGCUGCAGCGCUGUUCAUCAGAAACAUGUACGUGGACCUGGAGGCGGAGGUCGAGAGGUCCUUGCCGUCAGAGCUGAUCUCCUAUGUGGAGUCUUUGACCCCGAGUGUUUUAGUGGCUGUUGGGGCUCAUGUGUCUUGCGGCGUGGAUGAAACUGUGCACACCGCCUCCAGGACGGUCUGCUACCUGGAUGAAAGUGCCAACAGUUGGAAAGUAUUGACAGAUCUUCCACUCGAUGCCAGCACCUCCAUGGCUGGGGUGACCGUUUUAGACAACAAGCUGUACAUCGUGGGAGGAGUUCAUGGACGUCACAAAGAAGUUGUGGACUCGUCUUUCUGCUACAGCGUCGAGGACGACAGCUGGAGCCGGAUCUCCAAUCCAGCACAGUUGCGAUACAAUCUCAGUCUGGUGGGUGUUGAUGGUCGUCUUUACGCUAUCGGUGGAGAGUACGAGCGGACUGUGAUGUCCUCUGUGGAAACAUUUGACGUUAAGUCCGGGAGGUGGGAGUUUGCCGCUCAUUUACCUCGUCCGACGGCGGGAGCGGCAUGCACCAAAGCCAUGAGCAGGAUAUUUGUGUGUUUAUGGAGGCCGAUGGAGACCACGGAGAUCUACGAGUACAUGUCAAGUAAAGACGAAUGGCGGCUUGUUACCACGCUGAUCAGGCACCAGAGCUACGGACACAGCAUGGUGGGCCACAGGGACAACUUGUACGUGGUGAGAAACGGGCCGUCGGACGACUUCCUCAGAUGCCUCAUGGACUGUUAUAAUCUGACCUCGGGACAGUGGUCGUCUCUACCGGGACACUUCGCCAACAGCAAAGGCUCGCUGUUCACGGCGUUGGUGAGAAGUGACUGUGCGCUCACUCUCAAUAGGAGCAUGACACAAGAGUUCGCCAUCAUUGGUAAAACCUGGAAGCCCAGACGGCAGAUGAAGGGUUUCCCCAGGAGUGGAUCCAUGUGGACGUUUCUGCUACGGCUGCCCAAUGCUCGCAUGCCGCAGUGAUGGUUUAACUUUACUCUGGGAUUGUGUGGACUGUCAAGGCGUUUGUACACUCAGACACAUACAGUCUUUGUGGUUCUACGUCUUGGGGUUUGAGCCAAUGCUUGUGAAUGUUUGCAUCAGGAGAGCAAAAGGUAUGGUGUCAAAAAGCCCCAUUAAGUGUGUAUGCCCCAGUUUUGGUAAACACUAUGGAAGAAGGUUAAUAAUGGCUCACACACAUGAAGACAACUUCAUUUAGAGGGCGAUGCACCUUUACUAGGGUUAGGUAGACCUGUAGAUUGCUUUGUCCAUCCUGCCUCUUAGCAAUUAUAACCUUGUGUACCUCAUAAAGUUAUUUUCUGAGAUCUGUAUGUUUGUUGGGGUCUCUGUCCGUAGAGGCUUGGUGACAAAGUCAGUUUCUCCUAUUGCUUUCAGUUGAUUUGUAUUUGGUUAUCUAUGAACACAAAUUGAAUAUAAUAAUCAUAAUAAAGUCUCCCAAAUUAAGUAUUAACCUGUAACUAAGUAGUUUCUUUAUGUAUGUGAUGUUAAAUAAUGUGUAUGUUGGUUCUUAGGGAGGCUUUAACAACAAACACAUUCCAAAAACUGCUAAAUUGGAGACUUAUUUCCGUGUUUUAUGGCUCAAUUCAGCAUCAUAUGCUGUCAAGGGUUACUGUUGUACUACAGAAAUGCUUGAAAACAUCAGA